AUGGGUGCUUUUGACAGACUCAAACAAAUCAAGAUGGCUUACAAACUCGAUUUUGUUGUUGUGUUUGAACCCUUUUGUAGAAAUACCAUGAUUAAUAAGUUCAAAACAAGAUUGGGGUAUCAAUUCUGUUACUCUAACUGCAACAACCAAAUCUGGAUUUUUUGUGAUCACAACUAUGAAUGUAGCAUUUUGGAAGACAAGGAGCAAUAUGUUACCUGUAGCAUCAAAUAUCAAGAAGAUACUAUUCUUUUACCUGUGGUCUAUGCUAAGUGUGAUGAGCAACUCAGAGAAACUUUGUGGGAUGACCUUAGACUAAUUGCUAACAAUUCAAACUCUCCUUGGAUGGUGGUAGGUGACUUCAAUUGUAUUCUUGUCCCAGAAGAAAAGAAAGGAGGUACAAUUCAUAGAAUGAGCAAAAGUAUGCCUUUGCUCAAUUUUAUGAUGGACUGUUCACUCGUAGAUGCUGGAUAUAUUGGAUCUACUUAUACUUGGUGUAACGGAAGAGGACCAAGGCAUAGGGUCUGGGAAAGACUUGAUAGAGCCUUAACCAACCAACUAUGGAACCACAAAUUCCCCUACACCACCGUCACUCAUCUAGUCAGAAUUGACUCUGACCAUGCCCCUCUAAUGUUGGAAAUCUCACACUCUCAGGCUAACUACAAGAAAUACUUCAAGUUCUUAAACUUGUGGACAGAAGAGCCUGAUUUUUUGGAUAUUGUAAAGGAUGCAUGGGCUAUUGAAACUGUUGGAACUCCUAUGUGGAAGUUUCACUUGAAACUUAAGAAUACUUGCAAAAAGCUCUCUGAAUGGUCCAGAAAUACUCUGGGUAAUAUCUUUGAAACCACCAAAAAGAUGGAACCUAGGAUUUCUCAACUGGAAGAAGUCUGCUUAAGAGAUAAUUUUGAGGAAAAUAGGAUGGCUUAUAAUAAUGCUAAUGCAUUACUGAUCCAACAUGUGAAGAAGGAAGAAGCCUUUUGGAGGCAAAAAGCUGGACUUAAAUGGAUUACUGAUGGAGAUGCUAAUACCAAGUUCUUUCACUCCGUCAUCAACACUAAGAGAAGAAAGAUGCACAUGAACAAGAUCAAGAAAGAUAAUGAUACCUGGAUUGAAGGGGAGGAUAAUAUUGCCUCAGAAGCUGUCAAAUUCUUUGAAGAUCAAUUUACCUUUCAAGAUGUGGAUGAUGGCCCCGCUGUUCUGAAUUGUCUUCCACGAGUUAUUAAUGAUGAGGAUAACAAUAUGCUGAAUGAUAGACCUACUCUUGAAGAGCUGAAGAACGUUGUUUUCUCUCUUAGCACAGACACUGCCCCUGGACCGGACGGUAAUCAGCUCCCCAGAUCAUUCACACAUAGCUUUCUGAUUUUGAUUCCCAAAACCAACAAUCCACAAAAGUUCACUGAAUACAGACCAAUCAGCCUGAGCAAUUUCAGCUGCAAAAUAAUCUCCAAACUUCUCAACACUAGGCUCUCUAAGGAGCUUGUUCAUAACAUCAAAAAGCCUAAUGUAAAUUGCAAUGUUAUCAUGAAAUUGGGUAUGACAAAAGCUUUUGAUAGAAUGUCUUGGAAAUUUCUUGGUAGAGGCAUAAAACAAGGUGAUCCCCUUUCCCCAUCCCUUUUUAUUAUAGGUGCUGAACUUCUUACUCGACUAAUGGAUCAAUUAAAAAAUGAAAGCUUUAUUCACUACUCUGUUGAUAAGAAACGCCCGGUCAUUACGCACCUCAGUUAUGCAGAUGAUACUAUUUUGUUUUCUUCUGGUGACUAUCUUUCUCUGAUGGCCAUGAUGAACAAGCUCCAAAUUUAUGAAAAAUGUUCUGGACAACUAGUAAACAAGAGUAAAUCUUGUUUUCUAGUAACUCCAAAAACCAACUACUCCACCAUUCAAGACAUCAAAGUUGCUGCUAGAAUUCAAUCCUGGCAUGGUAAGCUUCUUUCCUUUGGGGGUAGAGCAGUAUUGAUCAAAUCAGUGCUACACUCUCUCCUAGUACACCUGCUCUCUGUAGUGAAACCUCCCCAAACCAUCAUUUCUCUUAUUGAGAAAUACAUUGCUAAUUUUUUCUGGGGUGACAAUGCUGGUAAGAAUAAAUAUCACUGGAAAGCUUGGAAGGAUCUUUGCUUUCCUAAAGAAGAAGGUGGGGUUGGUUUCAGAUCCAUUCAAGAUAUGUGCUUGACUGCUAGUGCUAAGGUUUGGUGGAACUUCAGAACUAGACCUUCUCUUCUAAGGGAUUUCAUGGAAGCUAAAUACUGUCCAAGGGCACAUCCCGUCUCUAAGAAAUGGGCCCCUGGACAGUCCCAUAUCUGGAAAAGAAUGGUCGAAAUUAGAAGAUAUUGUGAGCACAACAUCAACUGGAAAGUGGGUAAAGGAAAUCUUUCCUUUUGGUGGGACAACUGGACUGGAAAUGGCCCUUUAGCCCAGCUCAUCCAUCAAGGUUACAAGUCCAAAAAGAUCAAAGUUUCAGACUAUAUCAUCGAUGGAGAAUGGAACACUGACAAGCUCCUCAAUUUAGAUCCUAACUCUAUGAUCAUGGACAUCAAGAAUAUUAAGAUUUAUAAUGAUGGCAUUGACUUUCCUACUUGGACUCCUGAUCAUAACGGGAUCUUCACUUGUAAAUCUGCUUGGAAAUCACUGAGAUUGACUAGGGCUAAUACUAUAACUGCUGCUAACUGUCGGCAUCCUAAGCUACCCUUUAAGGUUUCAUUUUUUAUGUCUAGGAUGUUAGAAAAUAAAAUCCCAACCGAUACUGCUCUUCACGGAUUCAAUAUUUGUGGUCCUUCCGGAUGUUAUUGUUGCAACACUCACAAGAUUGAGAAAACUAAUCAUCUUUUCAGAGAUAGUGAGCUAGCCAAUGAUAUAUGGAAUUUUUUUGGUGCUAGCUGUGGUAUUAUCUCCACUGCCAGAGAUAUUAGGGUGACUGUUAUGAACUGGUGGCUUCAGAGGUCUAAAAACAAAGUCCAUGCUAUGCUCCUCAAAUGCCUCCCAACUAUUAUUUGUUGGGAAAUAUGGAAAGCAAGGUGUACUUACAGAUAUGAAGGCAUCAAAUACACUCAGAGAAGGAUCAUUGAUCAAAUUACUUACCUUGCCAGAGUGAUAAUUAAUCUUCAGUUUACUUCACUGAAUCUUGAGGGCCCCUGGCAUAACUACUGCCAUAUAAUCGAAAAUCUUAAGCCUAAAAUCAAUAUUAAAUGUAUAAAAUGGAUCAAACCUGACUCACCUUUGCUUAAAUUAAAUACAGAUGGAUGCAGCAAAGGCAACCCGGGCAGCUCAGGAGGAGGAGGAAUACUUAGAGAUGAGAUCGGACAUUUCCUGAUGGCUUUCUCUGCCUACUAUGGACAGUGCAACAACAAUAUUGCUGAGACAAAAACUAUCUUGAUGGGGCUGAAGUGGUGCAUCGACCGGGGUUACCAAAACAUCAACAUCGAAUCAGACUCUAAACUGAUUAUUGGCAUGAUCAAUGGUGACAUUCGCAUUGCUUGGCAAGUCAAAGAUCUCAUUCAACAAAUCGACAUGAUCAAAAAUCAAGGCAAUAUUAAUUUCAAACACUGCUUUCGCGAAGCUAACACAGUUGCAGACUACUUAGCUAACCACGCAGAAGAGACCAAACAAGAACAAUUCUUCAUAGAUGAUUUAACCCUCCCCACAAGAGCUAAAUCACUAUUGAAGAAUGAUUUUGAAGGAAGACCCUCUUUCCGGAUCAAAGCUAGAACAAAUCAAUAUGAAAUCCCUCAUGAUUAG